CAUUUUUGACCUUUCGGCAUGUUCGUCAAACUUCCACAGGAAGAUACCACAGUGCAGAACCCUGCGCCUCCCUCCUUUCACCCUCCCCCUUCCGCCCCCCAACAGACGUACGGCUAGCCAAGAGUGUUCAUGGCACCCUGUCACGCCACCUGCUUUGUUCGUAGAAAAAAAAGCUGGUGGACCACACUUUCUUUCGAUACUUGUGUAUAGUAUCAGGUCUCCUGCAGACUCUUUUAAGCAAAACGCCAGGGUGUCCUGUAACACCGAUAUGCAAAGCAUGCCUCCACCCGAGACGGUGGACUUCUUACGGAUCCAGUGUUUCGAGUGUCGAUUGCCAUCGGUGCGCGAGUUAGCGAGAUACUGCGCGCUGAAAGCUGGCAGGUCUCCUAGAAACUUGCGUGUUCUGUGUCCAAGGAUUCUUCAAUCACACUGUAAUUCCUCUGUGUGAGAACCCCGUUUUUUGUAAAGGGCGCUGCACCUGGAGCACUCGGCCGUGACCACCGCGAUAUCGAGAGGCAUCCGCGUCUCAAUGCUCGUGUGAACGGUCUUAGAGGACAGUCUUCGUUUUGUUGCAAACUUUCAUUCAAGUCUUCAGUCCGUUUUGCCGGAGCUUGGAUUUCUGGCGUCCGACGGCUUUGCAGCUGUCACCCGUGUCUCCCCAGUCUCUUCCCCGUAAGUCUUUCCGACGUUUCCCGCCAGCCACGUUAAGGAGAGCACCGGUGCCUGGGAGUUUUUAAAAAACGAGAACCCGUAACUUUCGCACAAUGAACAGCAAGUGGCUCACGUAAAAGCGUCAUUAGGUGGCGUUGCUUGGGCAUUGUUUCGGCUUCUUUGCCCAUUCUGCAGUGCGGAUUCAUCUGUUCCACCCGAUUUAGUGGAUAGACUCUAACAGAUAGUAGGGGAGGGGGGACUGCCGUUGAUUAUCUCCUGUCAGCCUCUCCUCAGACAAGACAUCUCGACAAGAUUGAGAUGCGCAUAACCGGUAAUUUUUUGGAGAGGCACUCUUCUUGGCAUUCAGUUGUAAGUACACCCGGUGAUCCGCACGCCGUUUUAUCCGAACUGACACGACGUUAUGGGUUCACGGGGCUGCCGCCACCGAUUGUUUCAAAUUAUAGCCUUGCCUUUUCGUCAAAGUUAUUUCUCAUCCAUUUCGCUAUCUUGACUUAACUGAUGUCUUUUUCAGCGCAGCGGGUCCCACGGACUGAAGCGUUAGUUCGUUUUUCUAGCGCACCGGCGAUCUUCUGCGAGGGCCUCUUCACGAGCAGAAUGAGUGAUUUCUCCCGUCGUCAGCUCUACUGUGAUCGGUCUUUCCCUCCGUGUGUCUCCAUGCAAAAGACACAGAUUACGGAUAAUAUGCAACGAAGCCGGCGGUAGAAGCGUUUCUCCAACGUUAACUGCGAAGCGGUGCGACGUCAAGCGCGCGAGUGUGGAUGCUCGCAUGUGGCCGCCAGGGGACGCCAGGGAGGCUUGCAGGGCAUCCGCCAGCGGAAGCGGGGAAGACAUUCGCUCUGGAGCCGCUUGUCUCGCCUCUGGAUCCGCGUCGUUUGUGAAUUCACACGACAGGAAUCCCCAGUUUGAGCAGCAUGCCAGCGGCAGGCCCGAGUGGAGUAGGCAGAUGGUCUCCCGCGAGCUCGAGACUUUGCGUCCCGCCGCCAAUGGCCGUUGUAGGCCUCUAUCGGCAGAACUCUGUGAUCCUACAUCUCAACUUGCGCCUUCCUCAUUUUCGUCUGCUCAUUCUCAUCUAGACUUCGUGCCUUCCUUCGCUUCUCAUCCGGGCCGGAGUUCGCACUCCACUUUCCCAACGUGUGUACCUUCCGCAAUCGCCACUUUUCCACACCGUCCACGUCUUCCAAUGACUCUAGCACCCGAUAGAUCUGCCUCUUCUACAGCCUCCCAAGACGCUGGCGCCGCUUCGCCGCUCCGUCUCAACGCCCCUGCGGCGUGCCAGUCAAACGUCCAGGCGCCUGCCGGCUCUUCAGAUGGGGAACGGGAGGCCCUGUUGCCUCAAUCCCAUUUCCGCACCUCAAAACUCGGAACACCGACAGGGUUCUAUCCGACAAACGGCGCAGCCGAGGAUCUCCAUUAUACCAACUGUACACCGGCCACUGUCUUUGGAACAGUUAGCGUAAGCCACUCCAACGUCCAAGCAGCAGCUGCAGCGGCUGCAGCUGCCGCGGCAGCGAGUGCGGCCGCUGUCACCGCCUCUGCCGCAGUUAGACGGACCGCGGCGUUUGGACGAGAAGGGUUCGUACGUCGGGACGAGGGCUUCCACGGGAGUUGCUCUGCCUCAGGGUGUUUUGAACCAGAGGCCCAGCGGCAAGAGGCGAACAGAGCUGUCGACAGGAGUCUGGCAGACAGGUAUCUGCCGUUCGAAAGUGGUGGAUACCAAGGACAAAUUUCACCCCGGGCUUUCAGAGAGUUCACAAGGUCGGAGAAAACGUGGUGCGGAGACUGCGAGAAGUGUGAAGAAGGCAAAGAAAGGCGGACAGCGACUGUCGUAAGUUCAGUUGCGGAACAGUUGACGUUGGAUGAAGAGACGGACCUCGAGGCACAGUAUGAAGGCGAAGCUGAGGGAUCUGAUAUUUUGGGGGGAGGUGCGUUCUCUUUACGAAACGCAUGCUCCUCGACCGCCCCUGGGGGGCAGAGUGCGCGCGACGAACGCGUUUGCGUGCAGCUAGAAGAAGUUGCGCACUCGGGUGCAAACGGAUCCGUUUCUAUCUCUCCGAACUUGGAUGCUCACUACGGGGCGACUGCGUUUCCAGAAUUGUCUGAACGAAAAACUGUCCAGGGUCCCUUUCAACACGAGAAAUCAGGUGAUGCUGCUUGUAUCUUACAACUAGGGAGCGGAACUUCGGCCUUUUGCGAGGUGGGCGUACGUAAAGACGGCUGUGGUUCACCGCAUGCACCGGUUGGCUUUUCCCUAGACUCUUCACCGGAGCCGUCUGUCCCUGGGUUGGCUUCACCGAAUUCCGGGAAUUGGGUAGACGCGCCCCACACGCGGUACCCCGGUUCUCCCGAGUGGCUGCGCGACGAAGUGUCUCGACACCCCAAAGACGCAGCCGGGCUCCUGUCGGCCUUGGCGUCUGUGUCAGAACAGACGGAGAGUUAUGAACAGGUUCAGGCGACUUACUUACACGAACAAUGCGACCAAAACCCGUUAACGGGGAAGCGUGACGCACUGUCACACCUAGGCCUUUCACUCCUCGAGAUGCCAGCACCAAGCAGACGGGACGACGCGGACACUUCAGUCGGCGGAUCCGAUGACACCGCCUCCUGCUCCUCACCAGCUUCUCUGGCGGAUGCGGCUGGAUCCGAUCUUCAAGGCCCUAGAUCCCCCCAGGAUCAGGAAUGUAGAGAAGUGCCAACAGUUGUUUCCCUAACCACCUUACAGCAAGCGAGGGUGUCACUAAGCGAGCAGAACUCGAGCCUCUCUUUCGUCGGAGGAGGAUCCACGGGAGAAGCGACGGUCAAGGCUGUGUGUUUUGGACCUCCGGUGUCUCUGACGGCCUUCUCCGCCACUGAGAGGAGCGAGGCAGAACCCGGUUUCUCGACCGUCCCGCCAAUCGAGGCGGAGGCGCCGAAAACGUCGAGGCUUCUCAGGAACUCCGGGCAGUUGUUUCACACUUUCCAGAAAGGGCAUUUGCCUGAUGAUGGAGACGCGUUUGAAGACAAACAGGUCGACGAAGUCGUGGCUGUCAAUGUGUACCCCAGGCGACCGAAACAGGGAACCAGACAGAAAAAGUAUUCUGAACGACGGCAUGCUUCUCAUGCGGACAGGGAUGAGGGCAGCUGCAGGCCUGGUAGUGUUGAGGAUUUCUUGAGGGUGUUUAACACCCAUGGCUCUAAAACAAAGGGAUCUUCCCAGGAAAGAUAUUUCCGCGAAUUGCAAGCCCGGUGUCGCGUGCGCUCUCUUCGUCUUUCUCCUCACAGACUCAGCUCUCUGUCGGUCGCGGUAGACAGACGAAGGACUGACGAGAGUGAUACGCCACUUCCUGCUCGGCAAGGCUCGAAGGGGAGUGAGGUGAGCGUGUUUGGGCGCGAAAACGAGCUGUUUAUCCAGGCAGCGAAGGCAAAGCAAACGUGGGCUGUCAACGCAGCCGCGAGGAAACGCCUGCUGCAACAAUACACCGCGCUGUUGAGGCAGGCAGAGACUCACAAGGAAGCAGCGAGAAAACAUCGAAACGAGAGUGAACCUCUUCGGCGAAGCCUCGUCAGUCUUGUCGCCGUCGGUUCCAAGAUCCGGGCGCUACAGAGAUCGGAGAGUUGGAAACAGCACAUUGGUGCCGCUAUCCACGAUCCGGACGAGGACCUGGUUUCUUUCAUGGCAGAUUUCGAUGCAGACGUGACCGAAUGUGCAGCGUUUGAUUUCUCAGAGCAGACUCUGGAGAUCACACGUCGUUCCGGGGGCUCCACCUUCUGUGCUACCGGCAAAAACCGGUCUGUGAGAUCUGGAAUUUUUCUGCUUUUCGUCCGCUCUCUCUGCUGCUGCUCGGAUGGAGACGGCAGGCGGUCGAGAGCCAUCGUGCGGUCACUCAUUUGCUACAUCCUCAUUUGCGCCAGUCUUGUUCUCUGGCUGCGAAGAGCCGUACACGACUAGGUUCUGAGUCGCGUUCCCUGGCUGGUGUCUUGCAGCUUUCAAAUGAAACACAUCGUAAAGGGAGAACAUGUGAACGUGUCGUGAACACACAACGCCUCGUAGGUUCGCAGUCGCCGUGACUGCGAAGAAAGAAAGGGCUGUACACGACGCACUUGAGAGGGCGCUGUAGACAUCAAAUGCAUUUGUCGGGGAAUUGGUGCGUUCACGCUGACUCAAACUCUCGGGUGUGUUUCUUCUCAACUGUUAGUGGAAAAAGUUGUGAGGGAGUUUCGUUCUCCGAUGUGGGACACCGCCAGGGUACACCGUGGAGAGUCUCCAGCGGUCGGGCGUGUGUUUUCCGGGCAUUUCCAUUUCGUGGUGGUGUUGUGUUUUUGCUGCUUUGCGUCGCUGACGCCGUUUCCGCCAGGAAGAAACUGCAGGGAUAGUAGCGAAAGGGCGACGAAAUCUGCGAAUGAUGCGCGGCUGGAGUGCCACUCGGCGCCUUGUUGAGCAUCUGAUCUGGAUUCUCUGUCACGUUCAUCGAGUGUCGUUGUAGAAAAUGAGCUUUGGUCACGGUUCAGACAUUGUGCACCGUCAAAUGCGUUUGAAACGUAGCGCCGAAUUCCUCUCUGUCUACACGAGUAGUAGACGUUCCAGGACACUCUGUAUAUCUACGAGCUCAGCCGUAUGUACACGGCCCACAGGCGGGUCUCAUGCAGAUGUCGCUACCAUAUACUUGAACAGUUUUCCUGAUUUCCCUGUGCAAAUAAAGGGGAUCUGCUGCCGCAUAGGGUUACGGGUCUCUUUCCCCGCCUGCUGGUAGACUACCGCGAAAGAAAAGCACGUGUAAUAGGGUGUCGAAAAACAUUAGACUUUUCUGGAAGUACUCGGCUCUAUACAGUUCAAUCUUGUGCGUUUUUCU